ACAAACUUCUAGAAUCAUCCAGAACUUCAGAGCACGUGCGCGGCCGCGCUUCUCCCAUCUCUCGGUUCCCCGCCUCUCCGCGGCGAUGCGGUGGUUACCGAGGCUGCUCUCCCACGCUGCCGCGGCCGGGAAGGCCUCCGCGGCGGCCAGGUCCACCACCAGGCACGUCACCGGAGGAUCCCACGGGUUCGCCAGCGGCGGCUGGGAGGGGUCGCCAGCGGUGCCCCGGGAGUGGCUGCGGAAGCUGUGGCGGGAGGAGCUGAGGAAGCAGAAGGAGGCUGCGAGGGCUCUCGGCGCUUUCGCGAGGAGCUAUGAGUCCGUGGAGGCUGCAGGAGCGGCCACGGAGGCACCAUCGAGGAGCUAUCAGUACGACGGCAGGGACCUCGAUCCCGUUAAGGCCAAACUGGCUCCUCUUCUGGCAAGAGCUAACCUUGUGAUCGCCAGGGACAUUGAGUGGGCAAACAUCAUGUUUGCUUUUGAGCAGGAGAGCAGAUAUAUCAUAAUGGACCCACUCUUUCCACAAUCUCCAGUAGGUUUUAUUCGAGAGAAAAGCAAUGUCAUCUUUAGGCAGCUACUCAGAACAAGACGGCCAUUUGUUGCAGAAAUAACUGAUGCUAUGGGCAAUGAAAUAUUUAAGGUUCGCAGGCCAUUUUGGUUGAUCAACAGCUCAAUUUAUGCAGAAGUGGAUGGUAAGGAGAUAGGUGUAGUCCACAGGCGUUGGCACCUUUGGCGGAGAAUUUAUGACCUGUACUUAGGGAAUAGGCAAUUUGCAGUUGUUGAGAAUCCGGGUUUCUGGAACUGGACCUUUAGCCUGGUGGAUGAAGAUGAUAAACUGUUGGCUCAGAUUGAUCGUAACUGGAGGGGAAUUGGGUUUGAGCUCUUCACGGAUGCUGGCCAGUAUGCAAUUCGGUUUGGUGAUGAGGGACUAAGUCACAAGUUUGCUCUUGCAGCAGAUGUCGAAGAACUACAUGUUGCUCGGCAGCUGACUUUGCCUGAAAGGGCUGUGGCUCUUGCCCUUGCUAUAUCCCUGGACAGUGAUUACUUCUCUAGGAGAGGUGGCUGGGGGCUCCCUUUUCUCAUUGCCACAGAGUAGACGAGCGCAAACCGCAAUUGCCCUGUACGCAGGGGGAAAACAUUGUAGUUUCUCAUUGUUGAUACAAGCUUAGCAGUUUUCAGGGGGCUCCCUUUUCUCAUUGCCACAGAGUAGACGCGCGCAAACCGCAAUUGCCUGUACGCAGGGGGAAACAUUGUUGUUUCUCAUUGUUGAUACAAGCUUAGCAGUAGUAUACUGUUGUUCAGCAAUUGAGAUCAUCGCCAGAGGCAGGAAAUGGUUCCUGUGCGACCAACUUUCAUCAGAUUGCUCUUCUGCUUCACGCGAAACCUGAAAGUGGAGGUUUCCCAAGGAGAUUUGCUUGCCUCCAACUUUGCCACCCUGGUGUCGCUCAAGCAGACAUUGCUGAAGUUUUUUCUUUCUUCUGUAUGGAAUUAUCAAUUAUGGAUAGUGGAGGCAAUGCAAUUGUGCAAAUCCCGUUUUGUUC